UCACUUGAAAGUAAAAAUAAGAAAAGUAAAUCCUGCCUUCCUAGUUGUUAUGUGUUGUAUAAAGAAAUAAGCAUUUACAAUUUCUAAAAAAAAGGAUACUAAACAUAUAAAAUGUUCAAAAAAAAAACUGAAAAUGCUGCCCACAAAUGUGCAGUGCAUCUCUUGGAAGACUUCAAUGUCGUUGAGUAUGAGUUUCUAGAAUUUCACAAAGGCAACUAUCUUCUAGACCAGUUAAGCCAACAAUUAAACAUUAAAGAAAAAGAUUACUUUGGGCUUCGUUACUUGGAUACUUGUAAACAAAGACAAUGGUUGGAUUUAGGAAAACUAAUAAUAAAACAAUGCAAAGAUGUCAACCCCUUAAUAUUUUCAUUUCGUGUAAAAUUUUAUCCAGCGGAUCCAUUUCACCUAAGCGCUAAUGUCCGGGUGCUGUUGUAUAAACAAUUGAAACGUGACGUAAGCCACGGGCGCUUGUACUGUUCAAUUGAUGAAUUCAUAACCUUAGCAUCUUUAAUUGUACAAGAAGAAUUUGGAGACUACGAUGCGAAUGUUCACACCGACAAUUACGUUUCUACUCUUCAAUUUUCCGUGCGGCAAAUAGAUGCAAUCGAAAAAAAAAUUAUGAAUAAACACAAAGGACGGAAGAAAGGACAAGAUUUAAAUGCUGUAAUAGAUGAGUUCUUAGGAAUAGCACGCAAUCUUGAAGCAUAUGGUAUUGAACCACAUUAUGUUAAGGACCACCAGAGUUGCCAAAUAUAUAUUGGUGUAAAUUUUUUGGGUAUAAGUACGUUUGUUUCGGGUAAGCGCUCACAACAAUUCCGCUGGAGUGAAAUACGAAAGUUAAACUACGAGGGCAGAAUGUUCAUUGCUCACAUGGGCUAUACUGAUGCGAGUAGAGAACUUAAAAAAUUUACGGUUGGAUUUAAGUGUACAUCUGGUGCCGCAUGCAGAUAUCUUUGGAGAAGUGCGAUUGAGCAUAUGCUAUUUUUCACACUUCCUCGUUGCGGCAACGCAUAUGUAAACUGUGGAGGUGGAAUUUUUUCUCGAGGUACAAAAUUUAAAUAUACUGGACGCACAGAACGAGAAAUUUUGACUGAUAUUAUCACAUCGAACUGCCCAUUAGAAACCAAUGGAUCAGAAAACAGGAAAAAAGCCAACAGUAUGCCGGCGACACCUUCCAGUCCAAAAGGAGACUUAUCCAACAUCCGAUAUAACACUUUGCCUCGAUCAAAGAUAUCUGAUUAUUGGAUUCCUUAUUCGGAUGACUCGGGAAGAGAAAAUGGAUAUAGAGUACAAUCGCAAAUGGCAGAUGAAGAUAGCAUUUAUCACAACAAUUUUAUAACCAAUUAUUGUAAUCCUGGUUUAGAUAAUUUUGCGCAAAACCACAUAAGACAACAUGUUAAUAAUCCCACAUCAAAGUCCUCUCCUCUCAGAAACACUAGUAUAGGAAAAAACACCAAUCUUUACCAAAACACAAUAAGACAUACGAAAAAUCUCCGUAAGUUUCAUAUAAUGCGAUCAUUUUUUCCUUCCUUGAUUUUCGUCGUGGUAACAAUGGCAUUGUCGGCAUUUAUCAUUCUUGAGUCCCAAUCAGAAUUAUUUGACUACAUUCGUAAUGUACCUGAAAUUAUUGUUUUAAGAGAUGAAUAUUAUGUACCUCUGAGAAAAUUUAUUAAAGAUAUGGUUAUUAAAUAAGAAAUUGGUCUGGUUCGAACAGACUAGAGUAAUCUGAAUUUUUCCAUGGUAAAAAGAAGAAAAAUGAUAUGAGGGAAAUCACCCCAAAAGUCUCAUUUUAUGGCCAAAGCCGAUAACUUGGCUAAUUCUUAUUCGAUUUAUUCUUUUUAUUUCGCUGUAAUGAAAACAGGCGAGGCUGAACAAGAAAGUUUGACUUUACUCUUUCAAAGUUGUAAAUCUAAUAAAAGUUAAUAAAGUUAUUAAACCCAAGAUUGGACUUUGGCUAUAAAAUGAAAUCGACAGUCAUGGUUGCAAACUUCUAAACUUGACCAACCAGUAGAUAUACCUAUAAGUACAUAAAAAUAUGACUUAAUUUAUUAAUAUUUAAUAAUUUAAUUUAAUAUUAAUAAUUAAUAAUUAUAAGUUUACAUAUACUCGAA